AUGCCAUCUAGCGACUCUACACGCUCUGCUUCUUCCACAUCCUCCUCCUCUCCACCGUCAUCAAAAGACCAACAAGAACCCCUCACCGACCUCCAAAAAAUCCGCAAGCAGAUCGAGGAAGAAGCCGCACAACGGCCACGUCCACCUCACAUCGAUGCACCCGACUACGUGCACCACUUCGACACUUAUGGCCUGGUAAAGCGCCUCGAAGAAGGCGGAUGGAGCAACGCCCAAGCAAUAACAAUCAUGAAAGCCACCCGCACAAUCCUUUCCGAAAACAUCGACCUAGCACGAAAUGCACUCGUCAGCAAAAGCAACGUCGAAAACGAAGCGUACCUCUUCCGCGCCGCCUGCUCCGAACUGCACACAGAAAUCAUGACAAAACGCCGCGCAGAAGCCGAAAGAGCGCGUACAGAACGCACCCGCUUGGAACAUGAAGUCGACAUCCUCAGCCAACGCAUGUCCCAAGACAGCGGAAACAUGAAAGACGAGCUCAAAGGCAUGUUCGACGACAGAAAAAUGAGUGUGCAAAACGAACAACGCGAUAUCGAGCGCAAGAUCCAAGAAUUGAAUUAUAGGAUCACCGUCCUGUUGAAUUCGGACUCGAGGUCUGAUGUCGAAGGCGUGCGUUGGAUAAUCACCAAACGCGCUGGAGUGGCAUUACUAGCUUGCGUUCUCAUGAUUCUUGGGUCCAUUAAAUUUGCUUCCACGGCUGCGACGUGGCAGGAAGAGGAAAAGAAACGUGCUGCGGCUAUUAAUGCUUCUUCUUCGCCCUCCUCGAAUAAUCCGUUUGGGGGUAUGGGAAGCAAUUCGCCGACGAGCAAUAUUUCCAACAAUGAUUUCUUGAACUCCGGCACGAUGAAUGAUAGAGCUAGGGAAGAGUUGGGUCAAGGGGAGAUUUUGGUACGACAGGGUGAUAAUCCUGCGUUUGUUUCUUUGGGAUAG